CAUUAGGCGCGCCCAAAACUUCCAAGAGAGCACCUCAACAAAGACCAGACGAGCGGGAAUUAAGGCUCCAUCAUUCUUUCAAUUCCCUCCAUUGCUUCGUUCUUUUCAUGCAUCAAUCCCCUCUCGUUGCUGUCAUCCUCACAUUGAAUAUUUCUUUUCUUGGAAUUUCCAGUGCCUUUCUUGAUUUGGGGAAUUAGGGUUCCAUCAUUCUUUCAAUUCCUUGUCUGCUUCAUCGGUUUCUUGUGUCAAUCCCCUCGCCUUCCUACCAUCCUCGCAUUGAUUCUUUCUUUUCUUGUAAUUUCUGGUGAUUUUCUUGUUUCUUUAAUCGGUUUCCGUUGCUGUUUCAGUCCUCUUUGAUUCCUGUUCGUUAUUCUGAUGAUUCUUGGCGUUCUUUAUGCUUCUUUGAUUCAUUUCUCAUGGAAUGCAAUGAGCGCAACAGCGAUUGUGGAGCGUAGAACGAAUCCCAACCUUCUAGUUUGGGCUUCGUUCACCUUCGACCCCUCGGGGAACCCGCCAGCGAUCUCAUCCGCCGGCGAUCUCAUCUGCCGGCGAUCCGACCGGGUCUACACCGUCGGCCGGCGGCGCCGCCAUUGCGAUCUCGUCCUCCUCCACCGCUGCAUCAGCAACCGUCAUUGCCAGAUAUUUCUUGAUGGAUCCGAUCGUAAACUCCGUUUGAUCGAUGGCUUCCUUUUUCCCCGUCGUUCCCAUAUCCGCGAGAUCAGGCGAGGCUUUCAAGCCGUAAGGCAGUGCUCGAACGCUAGGGUUUUUCUCAAUGGCGUCUAAAUUAAUGGUCGCAGGGUCCAGCAAGGCCCGGUAGCAGAAUUGUCAGUCGGGGAUGAGAUGUUGUUUUCUUGCAUAAGUGGAUCAAGUCAUAGUUGUAGAAUUAAGCGUGGGUUUCCCGUGAAUAGGGUCUUUUUCUCUGGGGUCAAGGCUGUUCGUGAGAAUCAUUCACUCUCCACGUUGGAGCACGGUCCUUUGGCCCCAAGAUCAUUUCAUUCUGGUGAACUAGCUGAGAAGUAUACUUGCCAGCUCCGAUCCAGUAUCCUACCUGAGGAAUUUUCUUGAUUUGCAACAAGAAAAACAUGUAACACUUCCAUUAGCCUUGGAAAUUGGAUCCCCUGCUUCUCCGGAUUCUGAGGGAUGCUGUAAGACAGAUGAUUGGCGGAUUAAUAUUACACUAAAGGUGGUUAGUUCUAAUGCAAAUGUUCUGAGUGCUGAGCACAAAAACUCCUCCAUAAAUGCAGUUGAAAUCAUGGAAGUUCAUAAUUGUGAACUCCAUCCAGAUGAUGACGGGGUAGUCAGUUAUUCAGAUGGCAGCACAUUCUUUCUGAACCGUCUCAAGCCCAUUGGUCCUGGCACAUCUGUUCACUGUGAUGGAGUCACUCUGCCUGAGCUUUUUCAUCUAGUGAAAACACUGCUUCGAGUUUUUAUUGCAACAUUUACAUGUGAUGUUUCUUGGUGUGUUAUAUCUCUCAGCCAUUCACAAAUAUUUUAAUAUGAUCUCGCAAUUCUAUCAGGUAAUGUAGAUGAUGCUCAAAGGAAAUGUAAGAUAGCAAUAAAGGAUCAUUUACCAUUUGAAAAUAUGAGAAAGAUGUUGGAGUGCUUGCCAUGACAGGAGGACUCCAGCACCAUUUCUUAAUUAUCCAAACCUAUUGUUGGUUUAUCCCCCUUUCCCAGAUGUAAUAGCCUUUGGAAAAGAUCGAAACAGAAAAGGUGUUGCAUGUUAUUAUCCAAAGCUUAUUGUCUUGCAGACGGAUGAAAGUCUUUGGGUUACAGUUACUUCAGCAAAUCUAGUUCAAAAACAUGAAUGAAGCUCCUGUCCCUUCGUGGUGGUCGCUCCUCGUCGGCUUCUUCUCCGCGCCAGUCCGCUGCUUCCUCUCCGCGUUCCCCAGCCGACCCGUUGCCCGGUUCGGCGGGUGCCCCAUUAGAGAUCCCAGAGGGAUGUCCGUCAAAGAAGGCAAAGACGACGGGUCCCGGGAAAGCCAAGGCGGGGACCACUCCUUCAACAAUCGUGGGCGCCAAGCGGACCACUCGGGACGAGGGGCCUUCCCGAGUUGAAGGGCCUAGCCAGGGGACGGCCGGGAAGAGGUCGAGCCUGCCCACGGUGGAUGAUCUGUGCGGGCUACGCACGGGGGUCGACGAGCCCCUAUGGUCAGCGGUGAUGGGCGAGCUUCCGCCGGGGGAGGCUUCCGACCCGCUGGUUGCCCGAUGGAAGGGGCUGUCCCGAGGGGACAAGGUAUGGGCCGGGGGAGAUCCUUCUGCUGCCUUUCUUCGAGGCGUGCUCCACCCCGACCUGGCUCGGGACCUAUACACCCUGCCUUCGGAGACCAUGCUUAACAAGGCGGGGAGGUUUCUAACACUGGUAAGCGUUUUGCUAACUCCGGGCAUCCCCGCGACUGCGUGCUGACUCUUAUUUUCCUGUGGCAGGGCCUCCACUAUUCGACGGCGCUAAUGGACCGAGUGCGCGACGCUGGCCAGGCAAUCUGGGACCUCAGCGAGCGUAACUCCGAGUUGUGCCGCCAGCUAGAGGAGGUUCGGGCCGGGUCGGGCCCUGAGGCGGUAGCGGCCGCGGAAAAACGUGCGACCGAUUCCGAGGAAGAGGUGGCGCGCCUAAGAGCAGAGCUCGAGCAGUCGGGCGAUUCAGUCAAGGAGCUCCAGGAGUUCCUCCGUUUGGAUCGGGCCGAGCUCCGCCUGUUGAAGUCGGAGGCGCUUGGUCUUACCAAGAGGGCGGGGAAGGCCGAGGCCGAAGCCCACGCUGCCUCCGAUGCGCUGGCCGAGGAGGUUCGCCUCCGUCCGUCGAAGGACAAGGAGGCGAUUGAAGCCUACAAGAGGUCCGAGAACUUCGAACUCGGGCUGACCCGCAUGGGACGAGUAUCCUACGAGUAUGGAUACAAAAUCGCCCUGGGUCGCUUCCGCUCAUGUCCUCCUGGUUGCGAGGUGGAAAAGGACCCGUUCGCCUCCUGCCCCGUGGACCUGGAGGUGGACAUGCCGGAGGACGUGCCAUUCGACGAUCGCCCGAAGACUCCAGAAGAGUAGUGAGGGUCGUUUUUGUAUGUCGGGGUCGAGGGUGCGAGGGGUUUUCUGUAUGGGUUUUGGCUUAUGUUUCCCCUCCUUCUUAAUAAAAUGAUUUUUUUU